CCCCGCCGCGUGCGCACGUCGUACAAACCGUACGUGUGGCUAUCACACCGAACCGAUCCAAACACCGUUAUCGUCCUAAAUGAAAACCUAAUGGACGUACGACUCGUACGAGGUAGUACAUAGUCUUUUAAUGCAUGCUCGUGUUGUAUUAAUGUGAUGUUUUGAACGUCAGUGGAGUGCAGUGUGUAGUGAAAAGUUUUCAUGUGGCAAUGGAAGAGAUUCGCAUUUCGGAUUGGCCCGAGCCGCCUGGCUCGCAUGCAUGGCUGCCUGCUUAUGGUUUCCAGCAUGAAAUAAUGGAGAAAGAGGACUUUUUCGGCUCCAAUGGUGACAAUGGCAGUAAUCACGCUUUGUACCUCGAAACAAUAGUCGAGGAGACGAGCGAUGACCUGCGCUCUGAACGCUCUUCCGCUGCAACCUGGCUGUCAGAUUCCGAUGCUGAUUCCGUCAUUCACGUUCGGGGCACUGCAGGGUCGGAGUGCGACAGCGAGUCGGAAAGAGAAUGGGCGUGCCCGGCCAAGAGGAGAAGGCGGGAGCGCGCCGCUUCGCCCACCAGCCUCGGAUCCCUGUCGCGCUCGUCUAGCCUCGCCCAGUUCGAGUCUCUCGAGCGCUCCUGCGCAGCCCCCGUGUCCCCGAGCCUGUCGCCGGACUCCCUGGAGUCUCCCCCGGCCUCGCCGCCGCCCGCGCGCCCCGCGCCGCGCGCUCACCUCUCCGCCGAGAACCUCAGCGAGGACAGCGGCUACAGCGAGCGCGCGCGCCGCCCGCCCCCGCCCGCGCGCCGCGCGCCCGAAAUAGCGCACGGGCCGGCCGGCAGCGUGCCGUGCCUCGCCUCGCCCAGUGCCGCGCGCCGCCCGCCCCGCGCCGCGCGCGCCCUGUCGCUGCCCGCCGAGCUCGACGUGUGCGCCGAGCCGCGCCGCCUGGCCGCGCACUCGGCGCGCUUCCGGCAGAGCUUCGAGGUGUGCGACAGCUUCACCGUCAGCGUGGCCGACCUCACCGCGCUCGACUACCGCGGCGGGCCGCGCCGGCCGCGCCUCCCGCCGCCGCCACCCCCGCCGCGCCCGCCGUGCCAGCCGCCGCCGCCGCCGCGCGAGCCCAGCGCCGGCAGCGACUCCACCACCGAGUCCGAGCGCGCCUUCGCGCGGGAGAUGGAGGCCACCGCCCGCCGGCUGGACGAGACUGCGCGGCGAGCUCUCGCCGACGCCGGCAACUACGACCGGGAGCUCUCCGUGCUGACCGCGCGGCGCCUGCGGGACUCGUGGGGCGCCUGGGACGACGUGCUCGACGAGCUCCGGCGGAGGAUGGAACCGUCCUCCGCAACCCCGUCGCCGCCGCGCUCGCCGUCGCCGGACCCCGUGCGGGAGCCGGCGUUCGCGUCCACGCCACUGCGCGCCGGGGACGCGCGCGUGCGCUCCACGCCCGAGCUGCGUGCGCGCGCGACGCCGCAGCGCGACACGCCGGAGGAGCUGCGCGCGUCGCUGCAGCUGGUAGCGCCGCGCACACCCGACCCCGCGCCGCCCGCGCGCUCCGUUUCCGCGGGCUCCAAAGGAGUUACGUUUUCGCCGGUAGUGGCCGAAGUGAGUUGGCGCGAGACGAGCGCGAGUAGCGGCGAGAGUUCGGCGCGAUCGACAAGUGCGAGUUCGAGCACGACGGUGGACGCGGCAGACGCGGAGGUGACGGUGGUGGAGGGGAGCGGCGAGGCGCGCGCGCCGCUGCCGCCGACAGAGCGCGAUAUGACGGACGCGGGCGCACGCGCGCCGCGCAGCCGCAUCGCCGGCUUCCUCUCGCGGUUCGCGAAUUUCCGGUUCUCGGGGCGCAAGGAGAAGAAAUGCAGGGGCGCAGGCGCGAACGGUAGGGCGGGCGGAGUGGCGCCGGGCGCGGCAGACGCGGGGCAGCCAGCGCUGCCGGCGGCCGGGCCGCCCUACGUGCGCAUCCCGCUGAAGGAGGAGGUGUCGCGGGCGGCGGCCCCCCCGGCGCCGGGCGGCGUGGCGCACAAGCCGCCGCGGCCGCGCCCGCCGCCCGCCCCCGCGCCCGGCGUGCUGGAGACGGACGUGGACACGCAGCGCACGGUGCUGCACGCGCGCUCGCUGCUGGCGCUGGCGCCGCCCGCCGCGCCGCCGGAGCGCCGCGCGCCUCGCCCGCACAAGUCCAUGGAGUUCCUGCUCGACAAGGACAGCGCGCAGGCCGUCCAGCCUCCAGAAAACGAAUUGCAGAAGAAUUCAGAUCGCGUGCUCUCUGAGCACGAACUCCGAGUCCAGAGAUCGUUGCAGAAGCUCAAUGUGCCGGAAUGGUACAAGAAUGCCCCAGCCCCUCGAGAGGGCUUCCUCCUCCGCAAGCGGUUGUCUGACGCGUCCGCGUCGGCAGGCCGCUGGACGGGUCUCAACUCUAAAACUACUUCGCUCGGCAGCCUCGGCGCCAACGCGCAGCCUCCCCCGCCCCAGCUGUCCCCGCAUACUACUAGCUUCGGUAGAUGGUCCACUAGCCGGCUUAAUUCCAAUCAAACAUCCCCUUGCUCGUCGACCCGGAGUAGUAUCCGAGGCACGAGCCCCCUGUGUUCGCCAUCCGCGCGGUCGUCGUUCAGCGCGCGGCAGCCCUACCUCGGCUGGAGGAGUCAGGAGCGACUGAACUCUACACCGAGAACUCCACACGAGAGGUUAGCCUCAUCCCUUCUCCAACAAAGUGCAUCAGCGAAAGCGUCGGAGGAGAUCCAGACGUCGAUAAAAGAAGUGACGUCAGCGAUCGUCCACUACGUGUCGGGCUUAGAGCCGGCCAACGGUGACAUUGACAGGCAGCCCUCGCCGCGCUCCAGUCAGAAGCUGUACUGGCUCGAAAGUUCGUUUGUUGGUACAAAACCCCUAGAGUCGCCACAAACGCCGCUGGUGGUGUCAGAAGCUCUCCCGCCGCCGCACCCGCGCCCGCCCUCAUCGUUGCGCCUCGACCACCGCGCGGCGCCCGAGUUCGAUAAAAUAUGGAAAAAUAGCAUCAUUGUUUAUGACUGGCAAGACUCCCACCGUCAUUCUCCCUUAAAUCUGGGAAUAACCAGGCCGUCCCCCGGGUCAACGACCUUGGAAGACGUUCUGGACUCCCUUCUGGGUCUGCCGUCGCAGCCAACGAGGAUACCCACUCCUCAACCUAGCCCCAGAAAGUCUGCGAGCCCGUACUUCUUGUUAGGUGGCAAGAGUCCUCGGUAUGAGCAGCUAGCCAGCAGCGGUCACAGCAGCAUAUCCCCCGCCUCCCGCUUCAUCAGCACGCCCAGCGAAGGACCGAGCUCCUUCACCGACCCAAGCCCCGACCACGAUCGAGCAGGGAAGGAUACAGUUGAUAAUCCUGCUACGAUGCAAGAGUCGAGGCGCUCGAAGUCGGCGCAGGGUGAGCACUCUCGCAGGAGGAGUGAGCCCUUCGCCCACCCCAGCGCGUCCCUCGACCGCCGCACCAGCCUCGACCCCGCGGCCUUCCGCCCCGAACAGCACCUCACCCACCACGACUCCAAAACUUCCCUCACCUCCUUACAGACCGAGAACAGCACGGACGAAGCUUUCGUCAAAUGCAAAUACCCCAAAUGCUCCUCCCGCGCCCCCCUCGCGGACGCCAAAAGACACUACAAAACUUGCCACAACUGCACAACUACAUACUGCUCCAAAGAAUGCAGGCGAGCUCACUGGGAGAAACAUAGGAAAGUUUGCCUGCAUUCUAGGGCGAGUACGCUAUGUAGACAAAUCAUUUCAGCAGCCAAAGAAGACUCUGAUUCCCUGCACCAAAUAAGUACGAUCGCUCAUAAAGGAUAUCUAGCCCAAGGGAGAGGAGUCGUAAAAAUUUUCUUCACUAGCCCAGAAGCAGCCGAAAAGUUCACCACCCAUGGCUACCAGUACCUGAGCGAGCCUGAAUUUGUCAAAUGGCACUCGCUCCAGCCAAACGAAAUGGGAGCGGAAUUGUACACUGAAGUCGUAAAGCUCUGCAAAUCAUACAACCCAGAGACUCGAGUUAUUUUAUACGUAGCAGUUUGCAUCAUCAGUGAAGUGCCAACAAAAGGCGCAGUGAAAUGGGAACGACAAAUGGUAUCCCGAUGCGCCAAACUGAGACUCAGCAAAUCAGUUUCCGCGGCAAUUCAGGAGCAGAAUCGUAAAAGAAGUAGAAGGGACAGUAAGGGAACACCAGAAGACAGGGAGACUUUGAUUCUCACGUCGAGAUUGACUAACGCGGGAGAAAAGAAUGCAGCUACAGCGCACAAGUUUAGAGAGAUCUGUUUCAGGAAUAUCCUUAAAGAGUUGGAAAGUCGGGGAGUGAUGUUGAAGAAGCAUUUCCCGGAGGUUUAUUCGCGGUUGGCGGCGUAUGUGGACGGUACGAGUGAUAGGUUCAUUCCAAUGACGAUAUACCCGAGAGACGCGACUAGUGGGAAGUCGUUUGUGUGUGUGAUCAUGCCGGACAGUGAGACGGACAGUACGCCGGUGGAUGGCCAGGUUGUUACAGUCGACGUUGGCGUGGACCGGUCUAAACACCAACUGUCGACACCCAUGUAAUAAUUUCUUCAGGACUGUGUUAUACACCCAAAAAGGAAUGGAGCUUUUAGAACUUUGGUUCCUGUUGGUGGUAUAAUAUUUACCCUGUAAAUGAUUUAUUUAAAGCAGAUGCGACUCAGUGGCGGGAAAUUUGAAUUUUUUUUGUUAAAAAAUAGCAACAUAUAGUUAUCCUAUGUUUAUGUUUUUGGGUCUUAAAAUAAUAACGUCACAAGUAUUGUUUCAUAACUCGCUCGAUACAAAAAUUAGGUACUUUUUCAAAUUUCCUCGACUGACU